AUGGACAAUGUCUUGGAAGACAUGGAACGGGAAUCCAGUGGCAAAUACGACUGGAAACAUAUCGUGGCGCACUCUUUUGGCAUACAAAACGCUGCACACUACUUCGGCAUCACGAUUGGUCCAAUCCUGAUUCUGCCGAUUCCGUCAAGAAGUGGACUUGCUGCUAUUGGUCUUUUGCUCGCAGGCCUUUCGUUUGGCAUCGCUCUGCUCUGGAUCUGGCUUGUCAAAGGCGAAGAUGUCUCCAAUUCGGCUGAAAACGAGUCUGAAAUGGAUCAUCGUCUUGGGUACCGCACCUUCACAGCACACAGUCGAAUGUCAAAUUGCCAGCGAAACAUGGCUCAGUUAUAUCACAUCACGUCACGGAUAUGCGAAAGCCCUCCCAAAGAACCUUCGAAUCUUGGCUCCGGCCUGGGUGAAGACGAUGUGUCAAUCUCUCUCAGCGGCAAGACCUCUGCGGACGAGAUGCCGGCUAUCAAAGCAGGCAACCCAGGACUGGAGCCCGAAGAAGAGGUCAAGGUCAUAAUUGUAGGCGCUGGCAUCGCCGGCUUGCGUGCUGCCUCUGUUCUCCAGCGGCAUGGAGUCGAAGUCGUGGUACUGGAAGGCCGUGAUCGAAUCGGUGGACGCAUACACACCACCAGGAACGAACAAGGAGUGCCGAGAGACAUCGGCGCGGCUUGGCUUCACGAAACAUCUCAGAAUCGAUUGGUUAAACUCAUCUCCUCUCUCAAGCUCGAUUAUUAUUACGAUGAUGGCCUCCCAUUAUACUACACAGAGCAAGGCCGUGCCGGAGCACAAUUCAAGGCGAAGAAGGUUGCCGACGAAUUUGCAGACCAUUGCGAAUGGUUCUACGACACACAUCCCGACGCUCCCGACCAGAGCGUGUCUGAUUUCAUUAACAAAUUCGUGCAAGAACAUGAACUCAUCACCAACGAUGAAAGAAUGUGGGCUCCGAUGGCUGUGAAAGAAGUCGAACUUUGGCUUGGAACUUCGACCGAGUUUUCAAGCUCAAAACACCUGUCAUACUUCAUCACCGAGCGAAACUUGUACAUGAAAGGUGGUUACGAUAACAUUGUGAAAUGGACGGCUGAGUCGCUGAAGCCGAAUACUAUCACCCUGAAUCACAUCGUCGAUCGAAUCUCCUGGGCCGAUGCACAAACACCAUGCGAUUCAAGGCAACCAUGUGCUGUUGAGUGCCAUGACAUUCAUGGAGAAUUAUCCACCUUCCAAGGCGAUGCGGUAAUAUCGACACUGCCCCUUGGUGUUCUUCGCCAUGGACUGGUCGCCUUUGAACCAAGCCUUCCGGACGACAUGCAGCAUGCUCUUACCAAAUUCAGCUACGGAGCUCUCGGCAAAGUGUUCUUCGAGUUUGCUGAUGUGUUCUGGUCGAAGGACAACGAUCAGUUCAUGUACUAUCCAACGCCGCCACUCGCAGUUGAGGAUCUGUACUCCACCUCCGCAGGUUCAGACAGCUCGCACUCUAGCGAAGUGGACAGCAUCCUAAACUACGCCACCGUCACCAUCAAUCUUUGGAUCAUGACUGGGAGCAAAGAACUCUGCGUUCAAGUAGCUGAGCCUUUGACCCAACGCAUAGAGGCAAUGACGGACAAGAGAGCACUUUACAAGUUCUUCGAGCCGCUGUUCCGCCUGCUACGCACCGAGCCAUACAAAGCUUUGCCUCGACUGUUGAAUAUCGAGACGACGAAGUGGACGCAGGACCCACUUGCCGGCUUUGGCUCCUACUCUGCAGACAAAGUCGGCGACGAGCCAGAACUGAUGAUGGAUGCCUUGGAAAAUCACAAAGACUCCCGACUUCAGUUCGCCGGCGAGCAUUGCACCAUGGUCGCAAACGGCUGUGUUCACGGUGCUUUCGCAACGGGCGAGACAGCGGCAAGGAACCUGCUCCGCACUUUCAAUAUUGAGUAUGACGGUGGCGACUUCGUCAGCAUCGCUUGA